AUGCAAUUACUUUGGAGAUUAUUAUUAUUUGAAGCACUAUCUAUCGUUAUUGCUGGUAACGAUGAGGGUGAAUUCGACGGGGAAAGCUGGGAUCUACCAGAUAAUAUUCAAAUUCAAAAUGAUACUUUCGAUCAUGUCUAUUACAAAGUGAACACAUUGCUACGGGACGGAAAAGCCGUCGAUCAAAAAUGGGUAGAUGUUGAAAAUAUGCUCAAAACCCCGGGGGCAAUCGGGAAUGUAAGCCACGCGCUGUUAACUGGGACCCAUCGAAGAGCUGUGGGAAUCCGGCUCCAAUUCGAAUUCCCAUUCUACGGCCAUAUCAUGAAAAACGUGACAAUCGCUACGGGCGGGUUUUUGUAUGUUGGAGAUCAGACGCAUAAUUGGUUGGCUGCUACUCAGUAUAUCGCGCCUUUAAUGGCAAAUUUCAAUACCCUACGAGAAGGGUCUGGGGUACUGUAUGCUGAUGAUGGACAACGAUUUGUAUGUGAAUGGCGUCAAGUACAACUUAGAGGUCAAGAAAGUGUAGGCCCAUUCACCUUCCAACUCCAUCUACAUAAAAAUGGAAACAUCACUUUCCUCUAUAAAGACGUCCCCCUGGCAGUGGCCAAUAUUUCGGAAGAUCACCACCCUGUUAAGCUCGGAAUUUCCGAUGCGUACCUCUUCCAGCAUCCCCCAGAGGGCCCUAAUAAGGAUAUAGAGCCCCCAAAAAGAGUAAUCUACGAAUACCAUCGCAUUGAAAUCCCGGAAUCCAACGUCGUUGCCCCAGCCUUAAUCCAACUUGAAGCCAGCCCUACAUGCCAUCUCUUCAAAACAUGCGCAGAAUGCUCGAACGCAACAAUACCCCAUUUUAACUGCACUUGGUGCCACGCGAAGAAGGAGAAUGGAGGGCCAUUUUGUACGGAUGAGGGAGGAGUCCAUAGAAAAAGGCAGCAAUGGGUGGACAACAAUUGUAAAGCACAGGGCCUGGCGGUCUAUUGCGCCGAGGAUGAUAAUAAGGAAGUUGUCGACCCAAAUGGUUCGGACGCCGUUUUAAAUGACGGUGUUUUUCCACCGGUUCAAACUACAACGGCUGGCGUUGAGCCGAAUCCAGAAGCGGAUAAAUUAAAUCCAAAAGGCUCUGGAGGUAUCUCUACCCUUCUUAUCGUCUGUAUCUGCAUCGUCAUCUUUGUUUCCUGGCUGGGAUAUGCCUAUUAUAACCCCCACACGUCGAGUGGGCAGCUUUUAAUAAAGUACCGCCCAUCCCGCUGGCGAGCCCCAAUGAGUCAUGUUCGUUAUUCAGCAUCGGUCCAUAUG